AUGGACGAACGAUCGUGGUGCCGGGCGGCGAUUUUCGUUGUCGCGAUCUACGCCGUGAUCGGCACGGUACAGCCAGAAAUCAUCAAGGACCCGACGCUCUGCAGCCGAACGAGAUGCAAGGUGCCAGCGAGUCGAAAAUUCAAAUACGAAGAGGGUGUCCAGUACCGGUACCGGUAUUCCGUGGACGUGAGCACGAAUCUCGGAGGCGAGAAUUACCCGGAACCGCGGAACGAGUCAACGUUGAGGCUCGACACGGACCUGAUUGUCAGUUUCACCAGCCCGUGCGAGGGUAAUCUGAAGUUCUACAACGCUAGUUUGAGCCACGAUGCACGAAAGUACAAUUCCGAGUUCCCGGAUCGUGCUGGCGCCGAUUUCAAAUCGAAUCUCGAGCGAUACAAUCUUCGAUUCGCGUUCGACGAUGGCCGGAUCGACGAGCUCUGCCCGAGCAAACACGAGCCGGUUUGGGCGUUGAACCUGAAGAGGGGUGUUCUGUCGAUGCUGCAGAACAACAUGCGUCGAUUCGACGUGGACCAUCACGCGGAGGAGCUGGACGUGAACGGGAUCUGCGAGACCAGUUACCGUCUGUACGAGGCCAAACGCACCAGUCUGGUGGUGAAGAAAACGAAAAGUCUCGCUAACUGCGCGUACGGCUCGAAACACUUCUCCGUGAUACAAUCGAACGUUUACAGAAGUCCACGUUCCCGUUUGUCGCGUUAUCCACUUCUCGAGUCGCGUACCGAAUGCGAGCUGACCAUCGAUCAUAAUGUUUACAAAGAGGUCGUUUGCAAAGAUCUGCACAGGCUGCAACCGCUUUCCAGCGGGAAGACCGGCGCCAGAACCGAGUCGACCGCUGUUCUUCGAUUGAUCAAAGAGACGAAGGACGAACUUGUGGAUGAAUACGAGGGGAACGUCGAGGACCAGGCCGACGAGGAGGAUGAAGAUGAUUACGUCAAGGAGAAACACGAGAAGGGAUGGGAUCGCGGAAGAAGAACCACCCUCAUAUACGAUUACUCGAAAACACCGAGGACCGUCCACGGAGAGCUAAGAACAGCUAGGGAUCUGUUGAAGAUCAUGUGCAGAUCGCAACGGUUCUCCGAGACGUUCACUGGGUUCGUUCAUUCGGCACGGCUUCUCGACUAUCCGUCGUUGUCCCAAUUGUUCGCCAGGGCCAACACCCUUUGCGAGAACGGAAAGAAACACAUCGUGGACGCUCUGCCGUUCAUGGGCAGCAAUGCGGCCGUGAACGUGAUGAAGGAUCUAAUAAUAAAAAGAUACGUCGAUCAGACCACGGUGAACAAUUGGGUGACAGCGUUCGCGUUGAUCCCGCGGCCGAAUCAAGAGAUGAUCAGGGCUCUUUCGCCCCUUUUGGAGUUCCAACGGCAGAUCCCCGAGGCUCAGUUCAUUCUGAGCUACUCUGCGAUCAUUCACGCUUUCUGUUCGACACAGGGAGCCUGGUGCAGCAAUGUCGAUCAGGUGUCGAAGUUCCUCUCGUACUUGGAGCAGAAAAUCGAGAAGGGUUGCUCGCCUCGGGCGCACUCUGCUUCGACGAUCAAGGACACAAUAGAGGCUCUGAAAGCGAUAGGAAACAUGGGUCUAGAAACGGAUAGCCUGCUCACGCGACUGAAGGAAUGCAUCGACGACGUGGGUGGAUUCCUGCCGAUGGAAAUUCGCGUGGCGGCGGUCGACGCCCAUCGCAGGAUGCCGUCUUGCGAGAGGACGCGAGAUCUGUUCUUCCUGGAUUACUACCGGAACUUCACAUUGGACACGGAAAUACGUAUCGCGUCGUAUUUACAGGUGAUGCGUUGCCCCGAUUACAACAUCGUGAAAACGAUCAAGCACACCUUGAAGAUGGAGGAAGUCAAUCAAGUCGGGACGUUCGUUUGGAGCCACUUGACGAACCUCUACAGUUCUGCGUCACCGACGAAGAUCGAGGUGCAGAGUCUUCUGACCGACCGUGAUCUCGGUGACAAGUUCAACAGCGACAGAAGAAAAUUCUCGCGGAACUACGACGGAUCGUUCUUCUCCGAGGAAUACAAUGUCGGUGCAAAUUAUCAAGGGAAUCUGAUCUUCUCCCCGAAAUCGUACAUACCCCGUUCGGCGACGUUCAACGUCACCUUCGAUCUGUUCGGCGAGUCCGUGAACGUUUUCGAAUUAACAACGAGACUCGAGGGACUCGAGUAUUACGCGGAGAGGAUAUUCGGUCCGGACGGAGUGUACAGUAACGAGAAAGUAUCGGGAUUCCUUAAAACUUUCCUGAGAAGGUUCAGAGAGGCGCCGAACGAGGAAGACUACUGGAAACGCGUCAAACGGCUGCCAAACGUUAUCGACAAUAACUUCGAUCAUCCGAGAAUUAGUCUCGGUUACAAAGUAUUUGGAAACGAUCUAAAAUACUCGGUCAUAAACGGCGAUAAAGAAAUCCGAGAAGCUUUGUUACGCUUGAAUCCAUGGGAGAAAUUUAAGCAGAUUACUUCAGGAAAGGAGAUUCACUAUGAAAAUGCCGUGAUGUUCUUGGAUUCCACUUACGUGGUGCCGUUGACGUCCGGCUUGCCGGUGCGUCUCGAUUUCGCUGGCUCCGCGGCGUGCAAUUUCAAGAUGUCAGGGUUACUCGAUCUGAAGGGGAUCUCUAGAAAUGAUAUCGAACUUGUCAGCAACAUUGUGCCCAGCGUGAGCGUCGAUGUCGUCGGCAGUAUGACCGUGGACGCUUUUUACAAGAGCGCAGGCAUCAAAUUACGGUCGAACGUUUAUUCCUCCGGCGGGGUUCAAGUACACUUGGACAUAAAGGGAUUGCGUCUUGCUCGUCUGAGUUUGGUUCUGCCGAGCAAAAGGAUGGAGGUGUUCUCGAUCGGAACGGAGAUCCUUCUGACGGCGGGCAACGGAGCAAAAGUCGAAGAGAAACCGUUGGGUGUUAUGGUCGCCGGCCAGAACGACAGAAGCUCGAAGCAAGCGUUUGUGCCCAGUAACAUCAUCAGCAACACAAGUUGUUCAUGGACCGCUCUCGACAGACUAAUAGGCUUAAAGUUGUGCUUCGAUUAUCAGUUAUCGAACGUGACGAAGGACUCGAACGCGCCAUACUUUGUCUUAGUCGGGCCCUCGCUCUUUAAGAUUUCGCUGAUCAAAGCGGACCCAACAGCCAAGAAUUAUUUGUUGGAGUACAAAUGGGAGAAAACGGAGAAGCAAAAUGUAUUCAGAAUCGCGUUCGACACACCUGGAUCCCAAAUGAACAGAGAAAUAAGCGCGACCGUUUCCUUCGACGCGGAAUCACAUAACGUUACCGUUCUGCUGCGAUCCACUGGGAAUUCUAUAGUGGCGGAGGGCACCUACAAGAGCACGGAAAAUGAGACGUUUAUAGACAUAGGUUUCGACAUAAACGGCACCAAACACUUGGACGCCAGUUUGGGAUACUCGACCAAGAAGUUCACGUACGGCUACACUUUCAGCCCGCAGAUGCACCUGAUCGUGAACAACGAACGGAUAGCAGCCCUUUCAGGCACAAUAAGGAACGCCUGGAAGAACGACGUGCUGCAAUGCGACGUGGACAUGACAUUCCGUACGAAGAAAGUCUGGAGCAAGCUGGUCGGCUACCUCGUGAAAAGAAACGUCAGCCUGGCCAGUGAUUUUCAGUUGGAGUAUCAGUUGCAGAAGAUGCCCAAGAAGGAAACUCUGCAGCUAGAAGUGUCAUUGGCGAACCGUUCGUCCAAGACUCUGACCCACAAGGCGGCCGAUCUGAAGCUUCGUUCCACCGCGUACCCGCAACUGAACACUGUAAUAAUCGCGUGGUACCAACAGGCAUUAGGCCACCUGGAAUUGCACGUCGAGGUCAAUUCGAAGCCGCACCUGAUGGACGACCGUCACAAGCUCACAGCUCAAUUGAUCCUCUCGUACUCGAAGAUGUAUUUCCAGAAUCAGGACACGAAGAUCAGCGCCCUGAUCGCCAUAACGAAACCCAUACAGAACUUGGACAUCAAACUGGGAGUCAACCAUUACGCCACCGGGCCAGAGUCGAGAACCAGCCUGCUGAUAGGAUACGCUCCAGGAAAAGAGAUCACUCUCACCGUGAAUCUGGUAAUGCCACGGGGAUUGAUGUUCGUAAUGGAAGGACGCGCGAACCUAACGAUCCCGAAUCUGAACUCGAUGUUGCUAAACGUGCGUAUCACCGAGAGAUCGAAACGAACCUACGAGUUGGAGUUCAGCGAGACUUCAGUGACCGGGUACAACGUGACGGCCAGGGGCACGUACUCCGACAAAUCUGUCGCCACCGUUGUCAGCCACAGCCUGAAGCUGGUCCUCAGAUCGUCAACAUUCGUCGGCGAUGUUUUGGUGAAUUGCAAGCUCUACCGUAAUUACAACGACAUCAGGGUCAACAUGCUCGUGGAACAGGUCGACCACGACAAAUACGCGUUCGUGCUGAACCACACGGUCGUGUCGCCGAGGGAUUUUGUGUCGUACAUCGAGGCUCGAUACAAGAGUAACGUCUACUCGGUGAUGACGAACGUCGACACGGACCGGGAGGUACGCAUGGAGGUGCAUCUGGACAAAUGGCGGGACAUUCACCUGGCGUUGACCGGCGUGAACGAGGAAAACAAGAAAGGUUUCGGGGCGGAGGUGAAGUGGGACGCGAAUCGGGAUCCGUCGCUGAAGCUUGCGAUUUUUUUCUCGUUGGACAAACCGGCGAUUACGGAGGAACAGCUGCUCGAGAAGAAUCUGAACGCCGUGAUGACCUUCACUUAUCCAGGUCGUUUUAUCACCGGCUCGUGCCGCGUAGCCUCCAAGGGAUACUACAAUUACACAGUGGACGCGGCCAUUCAUUGGAAUCCGGACAAAAAGAUCGGAUUCUUCAUCGCCACGGAAUACGAUGUUAAGCCGUGGAUAAAAUCGAUGAAGAUGGAGAGCCAGUUCCUGACGCCGUUCGAGAACUGGAAGAGGACCGCAUUGAGCGCAAAGUACCUGCAAGAACAGAACAGGAUCCGGCUAAGCGGAAAGGCUCACUGGAAGGAUUCGCAACGUCUGAUGGCCGAUUUCGACGGCAGCACAGAAGUGCACGGAAAGAUCAAAGAGUGGAAGGCCAUUUGCGCAGUAACCAGUUCCGUCCACUCGAUCUCAUGGACCACCGUCAACAUCACCCACAAAAUUGUCGACGGUCAGACCGCGGACACGCGUUUGGUGGUCAAUUACCACCCUGACAAGGUGAUCAAUGCGUGGAGCAUCUGGUACUUGGACAAAGAAUCCGACAACGUGUUCAAUUUAACCGGUUACCUCCACCUCGAGUCCCCCGUGACCAGUUACAAGAAAACGGACAUGAAGUGUCAGCUGCAAAUACUGCCCGAUUGGAAGUUCCUGGGAACAGCGAAUCUGGACCUGGACAUGAAGACCUACACAGGGAAGCUGAUCGGCGAUCUCCGUCGUUUCAAGGAGUCCAUGGUCCAAUUCAACGUGACCACACCGCUAGAGAAAUUCUCCUUCGUCCGUGGAAGAUUUGGUCUCUCGGAAAGUAAAAGACAUGCGGUCGCCGAAGUGGUGACCCCAACAGGUCCUUUGGGCGUUGAAGCUCUAGCCCAAUUCUUCACGGCUGGUUACGAUUGCAACGUGAAACUAUCGGUCGCCACUUCGUUGGACGUUCUCCAGCAAUCCUUCCUGAUAGCUAAACUGAACAAUCGCGAGGUCGACUUCAGGGUCGCGUACAACAACAUGAUCGCUGGCUUCCAGGGUGUCUGGCACUACCGUAACAUCACCGAUUUCCAUUACACCUAUCUAAUGUACACGCCUAUCGCUGGGUUCGAGAAGAUCGGCGUGAUCGCUAAGCUGAUCGUCGUAUACACCGAAGAAGAGAAACUGGACCUAGACACGGAGUUCUCGGUUCGAUUGCUCGAAGUACGCGUCGGGGUCAGAGCUAAAGCAGGACCCAAAUCACCCCCUGUUAACAUACCGAUCAAAUCGCCGAUCAGCAUGACGGAGAACACAACCAUCGAUGAGGAUUAUCCAGGCGUUGAACUGCUGGAAGACGAGGGGGACAGUAAUCUUUACUGGCACGGCGAGAUCGAGGUGAAUCCAGGGAUCGUCGAACCUGUCCUAGGCGAGCUGGACAUAGACCACGAGGGUUCGCUGUACAAGAUCCUCGGCAGCCUGGAAUGUUUCGCUAAAAAGAUUACUCUAGACGACAGGUUCUAUAUAGAAGAUCUGUUCAACAUGAGGAACGAAUUAAACGUCCUGACUCCGUUCGAUUUCGUGACGGAGAUCGUCUGCCUGAACGCGUUCGUCGUGAACAUAGAGGUGCCCAGUUACACGAUGCAACUGACGGUGAACGUAAGACGCAAAACAACGUGGUACGAGUCCGGGAUGGACGCGUCCUACACGUACAGCGAGAAGGAAACUGACGAUUCGCAGACCCAUUUCCUCAAGCUGAACAUCAAGACUCCUUUAAUGUUCCUUGUGUUUCUGAACACUAAUACUACCCUCCAGGUGGACGAGAACUUCUACAAAGCCGUCGUUGGUAUUCGUGCGCCGAACAGCGUGAUCGAUCUGCAAGGGUCCUUGGAGACCGAGGACGCGGUGAUCGACACGGUCCUCGUUGUCGAGAUCGAUACGCCAUUGGUGAAGCUACCGAGAUCCACGAUCACAGCGAAGAAUGAGUUCACGGAGAAGGAACGAUAUGUGAAGUUCUGUGUGGAUAUUGCCGAGCCGGUCGCGAAGUCUGUGUUCUUUCAAAGCGAUUGGUACAUGGCGGAGGAUCGUUUGAAGGCCUCCGUGAGCUUGAGGACGUGGCUGGAAUCGGUGAAACGGCUCGAGGCUGAUGUUUCUUACUGGAACGCUGUUGCUGUAAACGAUACUGCUAAUCUGAUUGUACAUGUGCUACACCUGGACGAUCGAGAGUAUAGAUUGUCGGGGAAUUACAGCCAGGGAUCGAUCGAGGCGGAACUCUACACACCGACGACGACCGAGCCGCACUUCGAGUUCCAUGGGGAUUUAAGAAAGAUGAAUGAUACCUUGUAUAAUUUGGAAGGGGAGCUGGUGAACACGGUGACUAAAGGGAAUCGUCAAGUAUCGGCCACGUUUGUCACGAAGAAUAAUUCAAUACACACUAUGGAAAUGCGAGUGACACCGAAGACGGGAUCGUCUGUCGACGGUAUAGGUAUAGGUGUGAAACUUAGAAAGGAGAAAUACGGUUUAAACCUGGCCGUAGCAGGAGAAGCAUUGAACGGAACGAUGGACAUGAAUUUCAUCAAUUCCUUCAACUGGGACUUAAGGUCGAGCGCGGACGUUCUCGAAGAGUCUGGCAACAGGAAGCAUUAUCUGGUGAACACGUUUACAAACGCUCAGGUGAACGGUAAUAUAACCCUGUACGUUCACGCUGAAACACCUCUGGAGGACAUCAGGAACGUCACCUUGACCGGAAACAUGUUGCUGACCAAGACCAGCGGGGACGUCGGUGUUCGGAACAGUUUGAACGAGGACACGCAUUACGCGAGCCUUCAAUGGAGGCUGAUGUACAUGGUGGACAUGUUCGGUAGAGUCCUGGCUGGAUAUCGAAUUGAAAAGUACGGUACCAAAGACGUGGACACUCGGCUGUACUUCAAGAAUCCUGGCCAAUUGUUCAGGAACAUCGACGCUGGAUUCGACGUGGACGUUGAUCGGGAAAAAUGGAAAUUCGCGGCGAACGCGACUGUUGGCUUCCGUGACCUGGAGAACAUCGACGGGGUGUUUAUUGUCAGGCUACCGCCACCAGAUGGCGACGACCAUCGGUUUCUGAUCAGCUAUCACGCGAACAAGGGCGUCACAGACAUCUCAUACGUGAUCGGCUACAACACCGUGAAGGCCAAAACGAAUUACGCCUCCGAUGGAUCGGUAUACAUGGGCAAUCGAAACAUCAAUGGCCACUUGAGGGCAUCUUGGGGAAUGCUACCCAUUCAGUCCGUGAACAAUCUCUUCAACGUCAGCUUCGACAACAAUCAAAUCGAUCUGAAGUACGCCCUUCACACACCGAAAUUCCAACAGCAAGAGACACUAGUGUUUCUGUUUAAUUACGACGCCACCCUGACCACGGACAGACGUUUGUUGAACGCGAACAUAUACUAUCCAGCCAGCACGCAUAUCGGUUCGGCGAACGUGUCGUACGAGAGCCUGUUGAACGUCAACGGAACGGUGAACGCUGUUCUACCACUGGCGAAUAUCUCGCAGCUUGAAUGCCAGUUUCUGGUGUACACCACUCUCCAACAAAGCAAGCGAUACAUCAAGGUAUUAUGGCCCCAGAACACGGCCAUAUUGGAUUCAGACUACACUUACCGCAGCGAGAAGCUGGACUCCGACCUUGACGGACUUCUGCACGUUGAAGUGCCACUGCAGACCCGUCACGUUGGUCACUUGACCUACGGUUACCAGAAACGGCCACAGGUGACCACAGGUUACUCAGAGAUGACCUACAACGGGCAGAAGGUCCUGCACGGUCGUUACAACUCGAAGAGCGAGUCCAGAGCCGGUUUCGAGAAGGAUCGUAUUCAGAUAGCGAUCGAGAACUCCCUGAAACCGUUGGGUAUCGUCUACAUAAACCAGUACGAGUACAGCGCCGGUAACGAGGGAACGAACUACCCAACCGUCGAGUACAAGCACGUGAACGUCUAUCAAUUGAACAACAAAACCGCGUUCAACGUCGCCGGCGAAUCCCGUGUCAGAACCACCCAUACCGGCCAGGACGUUCAUCUGAAGGCUAUACACUCGAACAGAACCGUAGAACUGAAGACUGACUACCAGAUUCUACCGGGUGAAUUCGAUCAGAACAGUUCUUUGAGCCUGGCCAAGGACGUAUGGAUCUCUUAUCGAAUAAACAUUUUGAACAAAACCACAGAGGAGGUGGACAAUCAGUUCUUGGUCCUAAGCGUGUCCUACCCUAGAAGGAACUUCACGCUGGACGGUUCCUAUUGGAUCAGCAGCAACGAGCUCAGCUCCGAGAUAAAGCUCGACUGGGAUCGCGAAACCGAUCAACCGAGAACCGUCGGUGCUCUUUUCAACUGGGUGAACGUCACCUCCGAUGAGGUCCUCGGACGACAACGGGCCACCUUUAGCCUAAGACACCCGAGCUUCCGGAAACCAGUCUCCCUGCAAGGUGAACUGGCCAAGAGAGACUCGAGGGACCUGGUGAACGUAGCGAUCACCGCCGAUUACUCCGUCGAUCCUGAGAAACUGUUCACUCUGUCUGCGUUGUUGAGGGAUGAAAGUGAGCUACCGAGCACUAGAAAGUAUGCCUAUAAGGUAACUGGAAGCCACACCAGCACCAAAUUGGAGCUCGACCUUCAAGGAUUCGUGCGCAAGCAGGGGGUCACUCUGUUUGAUGCAGUUAAUAAUGGCAGCUAUAAAAGAAGCUAUUCGACUGGGGAAACUGGGAAGCUAGAGGCCCGUUUGGAUCUUGUUCAAAAGGAGGUGCUUUUCCAACGGGAGUACAACGAGGCAGUGAAGUAUUUGAAUGUUCGAUAUUAUCCAUCCGAGAAGACGUAUGCUAUGAAUGGUAGUGUCGUUAACACUCCAGAGUUAAAUGCCACUGGAGCCUUCCUCUUUGAUCCGGGCGAGAAGCUGACGUGGAUGAUGCUGAAUUACACACCCGAUGCCGUAGAGAGCUUGCGGAUGUACGGAAAAAUUCCCGACGCCAGGUACGCUGUGUUCAACAUCUGGAGGACCUACGAGGAGGACUUCUCCAUAUCAGACGUGUCUUUCUAUUUGAAACUGAACCACUCUAGGCUUGUCACAUCCACUCUUCGCUGGAGACCCGAGCUAAAAAGCGAUAUUAUUAACGGUAUUAAAAAAACGGCGACAGAUAUGUAUAACAGUGUGAACAACGACGCUGACUAUUGGAAACAGUACGUGAAGAGCGAGACCGUGAGCGUGAUCUCUGAUGUUUGGGACGAUGCUCAGGAGGAUCUUCAAGUAUUCCUCGACGACUGGAACAACCUGAAGGAACUGCAGACGGACCUGGAAGAGCUAAAGGUCUAUUUGAACAAUUCCUACAACGCCAACGACUUCUACAUCAAGGACGCGGUCACUGUCGCGGUGUACGUGAUCGACGAGCUCUCUCUGCGCAGCCACAUACAAUCUCUGCCGAAUAUUCUCAACGAAAUAUGGGCGAUAAUGGGUGAAUCGGGCGAGGCGAUCCGGAACUCGUUGCUUUGGGCGAUCAAGACUGUCAAGCACGCGUUCAACAACUUCUUCGACGUCGUCGCGGCCAUUUUAAGGGGCGAUCCGAUCACCGAGGUGGCGAACAUUAUAUACAAACUGGUCGAGAAAUACGACAAGUUCGUGAAGGAUCUUCACGUGUCCUUCAUCAAAUACAUGGAGAACCUUUGGGGCAAGAUCUCCCAGUCGAUAUCGCAACAGUGGAAUCGAUUCUUGUUGCUGGUCGAGCCUCUGUUCAUUCGUUGCAUACAUUAUUUGGAAACAGUUGCCUGGAAGGCGAGCAAGGAGGUUCUAGAUUUUCUGUACGAUCGUAGAAACGAUCUUAUCGCGUCGCCAUAUUUCGAUAAGCUCACGAACUUGACCCAGGACAUCGACAAGAUCUAUCGGGACAUCAAGGCGAACGACAUCGUCACGAACGUACAGAAAUAUUCCGGUCUGGUGAUGCAGUUCCUCAAGGAACGGUACUUCACCUUCGUGCCGUUCGGCAAAGAGCUGAAGGACGUCGUCGAAGAGAUCGUCACCGAGCUGAAGGAGCUGCAGAAGUUACCGUCCAUUCACUACGCCAUAGAGAAGAUGCAACAGGUGUACGAGAAGGCGUACUACUUUUACGACUACCUCGAGAUACGAGCCAAAUUGGAAAGCGCUAUUCGGCUGAUCCACUCGAAGCUGAUGGACAUCAGUCAAACGGCGCUGCAGGCCGAGAGUCGCUACAGAGAAGCUAAGACGAAAUUUAUCUUCGAUCCACAUAUAGGAUUAAUGUGUCUCGAGCAAAAGCUUCCGAUGUCCUGGCACGCUUUCAAUCAGACUCCAGAGUUCAACGAGAUUCCAGAGUUCCGGGCCAUCACCGACAUGAGAUCCUACUUUGUCUCCUCGAACGUGACUUUCUGGAGCCUCUACCGAUACAAGCCGUUCAUCGAACCCCUUAACUGGCUACCGCCGUUCAGAGCGCAGGCGAUGAUCAUCGGAUCGCGACACUUCACCACAUUCGACGGCCGCCACCUGGACUUCGUCGGCCCCUGCACGUACCUUCUAGCCCGUGAUUUCGUCCGGAACACGUUCACCAUUCUCAUAAAGUACGAUCUUAAACCGGACCGAGUCACGCACAAGAUCAUCAUUCUGAUCGGAAAGGACGCCGUCGAGCUGGAUAUAUUCGACAACAGCAUCAAGAUCGUCUCCGAGCAUUCGCCAGCCAGCCUGACCAACCUGGAGCUUCCCAUCGAAUUGGAGAACGGAACCACGUACAUCUAUCAAGCGGAAAACGUGAUUACCGUGGAGCGUAGGCCAAAUCAAUUACGAUUAGAAUGUAAUUUGAAGUUCAACCUGUGCACUCUGGAGUUGUCCGGAUGGUAUCACGGAAAAACCGCUGGUUUGCUAGGUACUAUGAACAACGAGCCAAUGGACGACACCACCAGCUCGAACGGCCUUGCCACCGCUGAUGUAGGAACCUUUGCUGGAAGUUGGACGAUCGACACGGACGAAGAGUGCUCGAGUAGGUCGAAUCUGACUUCGACAACGAGACAAGAUGACGAUGAACUUGUCACAGAGUUCUGCAACGAUCUAUUCGUCAACCGAAGUUCCGAAUUCGCUUCCUGUUUCGACGUCCUGGGUCCUGAUGAUUAUUUCAGAAUGUGCAACGGCAGCUCGAGCAAACCGGAAGCCUGCACGAUGGCGUUGAGCUACAUACAAGUCUGCAUGUUCCGUGAUACGUAUUUAAGAAUACCAGACGCGUGCACCAGCUGCACUGUGAUAAACGGUAGCCAAGUGGCGGAGGGUCAGUUCAAGCGACUGGAAGGCGAGAACGUGCCGAUGUCGACCGAUGUGGUUUUCAUCGUCGAAGGGAAAGACUGUAAUCGCGACAUCAAGCAGAAUCGCAGUAUGGAUCAGUUGGUCACUCAGCUGAGCAAAGAACUGAAGGAUCAAGGUCUGGUCGACAAUCGAUGGUCCCUGGUCGUCUUCGGGGCGGACCGUGUAUUCGAUCAACCGAGGAGCGUCGUUUUCGAUGGGCAGAUCUUCACCAAGAACACGGCGCGAUUUAUCGAUUACUUCGACCACGUGCCAGUCGGCGACGGGAAUCGCGACAUCUUCGCCGCGAUCGUGUUCGCCACGAAACUCGUCUUCAGGGCUGGUGUAUCGAAGACGUUCAUCCUGAUGCCUUGCUCGCACUGCGAGCCGGAAAAUCAAACGCUGGACUACACUGUGCUCCACGAAGCCUUGCUCGAACACGACGUCACCCUUCAUAUAUUAAUGGACGGUGACUUCGAGUUCGAGAAGGAGAGGCUGAACAAGAUAUUCUACGGAUUGGACGCGACCAAGUCGUACACGAAGAAAGACUCGAGAUCGUUGAUAGGUGAUGUCGAUCUGAGGCGACAGGUGAAGUUGUCGAAGAGCGCGCUGGGCUACUGUACCCCGUUGUCGCUGGAGAUCAACGGGACCAUAUUCAGCGGCGAUAAAUUACGAUUCGACAAGCUGACCUCGAUCAAGAAGUUCGUCAGCGUGUUCGCAAAGAGGGUGGCUCUGACCGCGAUGCCGAAUCCCUGUCAGGUCUGCGAGUGCACCGCGGACAACAACGGAGUCACGCGAAUGGAGUGCAUACCCUGCGUUUAUCCAAUCCCAGUCUCGGUGGACUACGAUGCGUUUAACCUAAACGAUUCACUGAUAGCCCUACAGCCGCUGAACAUCGAUUACGGGCAAAUCGAUAUCGAUGAUAACUGAAGUACCGCGGGAGGUACGAAUAGAUUAUUAAUCACCGUCAACACAUGAUUUUGUUUAUUUAACGUGUUAUACUGUAAAAUGUUUAACCGAAGCACUUACCUUUUGAUAAUAAGUAUUUAAGACGCAUCGUUACGCAGUGUAGCGUUGUGUGUAACGCAAAAAAAAAUAUCGUGUAUGUGCCAUACGUUUUAAGUUUUAUGUAGUUAAUUUUACAUAUUUGUAAAAUAGUAUU